AUGUUUCGCCGUGCAGCUCGUCCGAUCUCACCUCCAAAAUUUGGCAUUGUCAGCUUACGGCCUAAAACGGUGCUGCAAGUCCUUGGUCGAAACUUUGCCGACUAUCACUUCCCAGGUGAGCGUACCCCAGCACUGGAGCACAGUCAGAUCUGGAAGCUCAGCCAAGCUAUCCAACAUGAUCAUCACCGAAUAGAGGAAAGCUACCACAAAAUGGUCAACUCCAACGACUCUGACCAGCAACAACGCUACCAAAACUUGUUCAUAUGGGAACUUGCGAGACUUGCCAUCGCGAAGGAGCUUGUGGUAUAUCCGGUAUUGGAACGAAACAUUCCGGGAGGACGCGAGAGAGUGGAGAAGGAUCGUGCGAGCCAUCAGUUGAUCAAGGAACAACUCAAGCAGUUCCAGAAGCUCAAACCUGGAGACAAGGAAUUCAUUCCCAGCCUCGCAAGUCUGUUCAAGGGCUUCCAGAUCCACGUGGAAGGCGAUGAGGAGCAGAACUUGAGCAAGCUGGAAGAGGCACUUACCUUGACGGAGUCGAAGGAGCUCUGCCAAAGUUUUGAAAAAACAAAGUACUUUGUUCCAUCUCGGAGCCACCCGAUGGCACCGAAUAAGCCGCCGUUCGAUAAUGCGGCUGCCUUUCUUGCUGCUCCGAUCGACAAGCUGAGGGACUUGUUCCGUAAAUGGCCUGACAGCCGACCGCAAAAGAAGACGGAUGAUCACGAAGAGUCCAAGAAGCCAUAG